AUGAAUUAUGAAGGCAACCCAAUUAAAGUCACACUGGAAACUUUGAACAUGUCUGUACAGCCAACGGUCUCCCUUGGGGGCUUUGAACUAACACCACCAGUGGUCUUAGGGUUGAAAUGUGGCUCUGGGCCUGUGCAUAGUAGUGGACAGCAUUUAGUAGCUGUGGAGGGAGAUGCAGAGUCAGAUGAUGAAGAGGAGGAGGAUGUGAAGCUUUUAAGUGUAUCAGGAAAGCAGUCUGUCCCCACAAGUGGUAACAAGGUGCCACAGAAAAAGUUAAAACUUGCUCCUGCUGCUGCUGAAGAUGAGGAGGAGGACGAUGACGACGACGACGAUGAUGAAACUGAAGGAAAAGCUCCAGUGAAGAAAUCUAUAUGGGAUACUCCAGCCAAAAAUGCACAAAAAUCAAACCAGAAUGGAAAAGACUCAGAACCAUCAACACCAAGAUCCAAAGGUCAAGAAUCCUUCAAAAAACAGGAAAAAACUCCCAAAACCCUGAAAGGCCCUAGUUCUGUAGAAGACAUUAAAACAAAAAUGCAAGCAAGUCUAGAAAAGGGUGGUUCUCUUCUUAAAGUGGAAUCCAAAUUCACCAAUGAUGUGAACAAUUGCUUCCGGAUGACUGACCAGAAGGCUGUUCAAGAUCUCUGA